CAUCAUUUGAAACCAACAAUAUGGAACAACAAAUCAACAUAGACACUAGUGAUGCCCAAACAAACCUCCUCUCCUCCUCCUCCACCACCACCACCACGGCCGCCGCAACAUCCUCCUCUUCUUCGGAUUCCCAUGAAAGCAGGGGAGCAAAUAAGAGAAGCCAUCAGGAUCGUCAAGACAUUGAGAGUGGCAAUAACCAGAAUAACAGGAAGAAGAAGAAGGGCAAUAGUGAGAGACAUCCCACAUACAGAGGAGUCCGAAUGCGGAGUUGGGGCAAAUGGGUUUCCGAAAUCCGAGAGCCUCGCAAGAAAUCUAGAAUAUGGCUUGGAACAUAUCCUACGGCUGAAAUGGCGGCUCGUGCUCACGAUGUAGCCGCUCUAGCCAUUAAGGGCCGCUCGGCUUACCUCAACUUACCCGAGCUGGCUCACCAGCUUCCCCGCCCCGUCACCACAUCUCCCAAGGACAUCCAAGCCGCCGCCGCUAAGGCUGCUGCAGCAGCUCCGGGGAGGAGUAGUGAAAAUGAGACCGAAGCGGAGCCGAGCCCACACAAUACUUCAGCCAGCUCGGACAAUUCGCAGGAAUCUCCUUCCGUUGAUUGUGAUGACGCAUUGUUUGACCUUCCUGAUCUAUUCGUGGACGGCUGUGAUCGAGGCGAUGGUUUGUGCUAUUACUCCCCUUCAUGGCAGUUGUGUGGAGCCGAUUAUGGGCUCCGGUCUGAGGAGCCCUUCUUGUUGGAGUAUUAAAUGAAGGCUCAAUUAUAGGCCGUCUGAUUGUCCAACACAUCUGAUCCCAACAAGAUUGGAAACUGUAUCAUAUGAUCAUAAUAUCUCCAAUUUUACUUGGAGAAACAGAGCUUGGGUGUUGGAGAAGAGAGAAAUUUACAUUGCUUUGUUUGCUUA